AUGAGUGACGGUGGAGGCACUGUGAGACAGCGCAAGAAAAGCUCCGGCGAUGGCUCUGGAAAUAGGGCACGUAAAUCGAAAUCAACAACCAGCUCGGGUAGCAGCUCACCCAGUACCGCCCAACAGCACCAGAUGUGGGCACGGAUAGUGCUUAUGGUGGGCAUUGCUGCCAUCGUGUACUUUACCACGUUCCGAACGCGGGAAAAGAAGUUUGCCACCCAGCGGGAAGUGCUCGAGCUGCGCACCCAACCACUCGACUGUUCCCGUCCGUACCUGGAUGAAAUCUCCAAGUUUGCUGGAUGCAUCCCAAAUAAGUGUGGACGGUUCGUGAGCGACAAAAUUGUGUCACCGGCCGAGGCUGGCAUUCUGCUCGAUCUCGCCCGGGCAGGUUUCGAGCUCGGUCAGUCGUCGGGUGGUGCUUCCAUCCUAGAUCUCCAUUCGGGUGCUCUCUCGAAGGGCACCCAGUUUGUGAACGUGUACCGGCUGCCCGAAGCCAAAAAACUGUUCACCAGUCAACAUAUCAACGUGUACCGACACGUGAAAGCGAAAGUACAACAAGCCGUGGCGGAUAAUUUCCGCUUGAAUGUGGACGCACUGCACCUUACCCAUCCCACGUUCUUUUCCCGUCUGACGAACGUAACGGCCAAAACGAUCCACGAUGAAUACUGGCACGAACAUGUGGACAAGGAAACGUACAACUCGUUCCACUUUACCACGCUGCUGUACCUUACCGAUUAUGGGAAAGAUUUUACCGGCGGACGGUUCGUAUUUAUCGACAACGAGGGAAAGCACAACCGGACGCACGUGUACAUUGAACCGAAACGUGCCCGGGUCAGCGGGUUUACGUCCGGUGCAGAAAAUAUGCACCACGUGGAACAGGUAACCGGUGGCGUACGGUACGCAAUCACAAUUUCGUUCACGUGUGAUCGCGAAUACGCAAUGGCAGAUCCAAAGUUUGCGCUAGAUGACGAGGAAGAGGAGGGUGGUACGAAUCAGGCUCGGGUGGGUGAACCCUGA